AUGGCGAAACUCUGGACUAAGCGUUCGGUACUCUCUACGGUGACCACAAUUUUCGAUCCCAACGGUUGGAUCGCGCCAGUGAUAUUUUGGGCCAAGUACUUUUUACAGCGAUUGUGGAUCGCUGAGAUCUCUUGGGAUGAGCCUAUUACUGGGGACCUCCUUACCGAUUGGCUGGGAUUUCUGAAUCGGUUGGAGUCCAUUACUCAGGUCUCGAUACCACGCCAUUUUCUUCCAUCAGGGAAGUACAAAGCAUCGCUCCACGGGUUCUGCGAUGCUUCGGUGUCAGGAUACGCCGCGGUGGUGUAUUUACGUACCGUAAAGCGGGAUGGUACAACGGCGGUUCACUUAGUGACGGCUAAGAGUAAGGUUGCUCCUCUACGGACUAGGUUGAGUAUCCCUAAGUUGGAACUUUCGGGAGCUGCCUUACUCACUAGGUUACUGAAUCACGUUAUCUCUACGUUAGGCAAAUUGAUAGAACUAUCGGAGGUUUACGCUUGGUCGGAUAGCCAAAUCGUCUUGGCUUGGCUUCAGGCUUCUCCUCACAGGUUGGAAGUCUUUGUCGCCAAUCGAGUGUCUCAGAUCCAGGCUUCGGAGGUGAAGUUGAUCUGGAGACACGUUCCAGGUGAACUCAAUCCGGCGGAUGUGGCUUCACGGGGUUGUGAUGCCCCCACUUUGGUAGACCAUCCCCUCUGGUGGGGUCCAAAGUGGCUGGCGGAUCCGGUGUCGACGUGGCCUCCUACGACUUUACAUGGUACUGAAUCUCUGCCUGACAUUAGGAUUGCGGCAGUCGAAACAGAGGCCACGCCUUCAGAUCCUCUUCUAGCUAGUGGUGCAAAUAAAGCAGUGCCUAGGAAUGUGGGUCCAGAAUGCGCAUAUUAUUUAUCGACUACCAGACAAAUUUUGGAAACCAGUAUUGUGAUUACAAUUUGUGUGUAUAUUUUAAUCAAAACCUAUCCAAAAUUAAGUAUACCUGAUAAAUACUAUGUAAAAAAUGACAGAGGUGGUAAGAGGUUAUUAGUCAUUCUCCUAGCUUUGUUAUGGGGAAUGGAAAUUGGCUUUAAAUUUGCGUCGCGCACAGUUAUAUAUUUGCUAAACCCAUGCCAUGUUACAACUUUAAUACAAAUCUACUUAUUGGCAGCACCACCAAGCAAAACUGUUACAGCAUUGUUUCGGAUACAUUUAAAUUUAUUAAAUGGACCUUUGCUUGCUUUCCUGUUUCCUGAAACAGCAUCAAGGAAGAUCUUUGCUGAAGCAGCCCUGUAUUGGAUUCAACAUGGAAUGAUGUUUGUUAUUCCAUAUUAUUUGUUAAGGAUUGGUGGUGCUUAUAAUAUAGAACCAUUUUGGGACUUUAAUUGGGCAAUAUUUAGCUAUUGCCUAAAUUUGUUAUACCACUUUGUUGUGUUACAACUUAUUGCAAUUCCUGCUCAAGUAAACCUUAACCAUAUGCUAUGUCCAGCCAUAUUGGACCCUUUUGACGGACCAUGGUUUAGAGUGGCUGCUGUGGCUCAUCAAGCACUAUUGUGUCCAUUACUAUGCAAGUUAUUCUGUCUGGUAUCUGAAUUCUGCCUUACCAAGUUUCCGCCUACUAAAGUCAAGCCUCAAAUGAAAGAUUCUUUGAUGGACACCGCUUUGGUGCAACAUCCAGUAGAACAUCAUGAGGACUAG